AGGUUUGUCAAGGGAUAGAGGGAUUUUAUUAAGUUAACUUGCACCGGCAUGUGUACGUGGUGUUCGCGGCAAAAUAUUUUCGAUGUUAAUUCCAAACGCAUGAAACCGGACGUUCUUAUGGAAAUGGGAUUAGCUAUGUUAGAUGAUGAAGAUGAACCUGUAUCUGCUGGCGACUCUCAAACUUUGGCUAACAGUCCAUAUGAUAACUCUGAAACUAGACUCCUGUGUAAUGUGAAUGAAGAAGUGAGUUCUUUUGCUGAUCCAUUUGGCGACGAUUUUACUGUCUUUCGGAGGCAGAAAUCCUCUGGACGCUCCAGAGAAGACUAUUUCCGAAUCCUCUCUGAUGAAAUUGUUCUUAGUAUAUUUAAGUGGUUACCCAAAAAGACACUCAACAGGUGCUCUCUCGUCUGCCGUAGAUGGCGAAAUAUUGCAAGAGAUGAGGCACUAUGGACACGUCUAGAUCUUGGCUCUAAAACACUCAGUCCUGGAAAUUUAGCUGACAUUGUGAAAACAGGAGUGCGUGUUCUACGUUUAGCUCAAGCUGAUAUUCCUGACCCGGUGUUUGGGGAUGAAUUAUUUCCUGAAGAUUACGUCAGCAGACUUCAAUUUCUAGAUCUCAGUAUGGCUGUCAUAUCUGUGCCAGGACUUGUGUCCCUCCUUGAAAAAACAAGACAAUUAGUCAAGCUUAGCCUUGAGCAUUGUUGUAUUAAUGAUGCUGCCUGUGAGGCAAUUUCUCAGAACUCUCAACUGGAGGUUCUUAAUUUGUCAAUGGUGUAUGAUUUGUCAACUAAUGGCUUGCGAUCCAUUAUAUCCAGGUGCCGGCGAUUGGUUGGAUUGAACUUGGGCUGGACAGGUCUCAAAACUGAAUCUUUGGAUUGCUUGAUGUCCUCCCUUCCUCCGAAUCUAAGUCAAUUAAACUUAAGUGGUUGUCGCCGUGCUUUUUCGGACAGACAUGUGGCUCAGCUGGUGAAAGCAUGCCCUAAGCUGACUGAGCUGGACAUAAGUGAUGCAACUGAGAUAUCUGCUGCAAGUAUUGACCUACUCAGUCAGCUUGGAAAUCUUGAACACCUCUCCAUCAGUCGCUGUUACAAUAUAUCCUCUUCAUCAGUUGUCCUUAAACUUGCUGUCAUUCCAUCUUUGAGAUAUCUGGACCUGUUUGGUCUAGUUGCUGAGAAAAACAUGCCAAAUUUGCGGCGCAGUCUUCCCAGCAUCAAAAUAAAUAAAUUUGUAUUCUCAAGCAUUGCAAGACCGACAGUAGGUAUAAGGAGGACUAGUAUUUGGGGACUAAGAAGCCGGGAUUGCAGAGACUAAACCCUUUUACACAUUGUAUUUUUUGCAUCUUUUCACUCCUUUUUCCUUACUUCUAGAAUCACCUUUUCUUUCUAAGAGACCGUUUGUUUUUAUUAGUUUUGUAGAAUAUGGGGUAUUUUAAAUGUUUUAUCUGGUGGAUGACAUAGUGAGCUAGCUGGGUGAUCAAACAAUUUUGUGUAAACCUAGUUCUUAACUAUUUUUCUUUGGAACCCUUUGUUUUUCUUAUUCUUUAUUUCAUUUUCAUCAUAGAUGAAGUUUUUUCUGUCACGCACUGUGACCAUUUUUUUUUACCAUCUAAAAGUGGUAGUACUGUGAUGUAAGAACAUUCUUAGAAUAGUUGGUAGCUUCAUAUCAUGUUUUGCUACUGUUUCAGUCUGACUUUGAACAGCAUGAAGUCAAGAAAAUUUGCUCUGUUCUGCACUAGAAGUUGUGCAUUUUGAUUUACGUUGAUAUCUUUAUCAUUUAAAAUGAAUUUUCAUUCCAUCUUGACUGAUGCUAGUUGUUUAAUAGUCAUUUAAUUUUUGCAAUGUAUAUUUUUAUUUUCUUGGUUGAGGAGCUCCAUAAGUGCCUUGUGAAGAGAAAGUAAAUUGAUGCUUUCCUAGACUUUAGUAAGUUAAGACGGAAGAUCUCAUUCAAUAUGAAUUUGCUGCAAUCAGCAUUCUAUAAUUUUGAUUCCAAUUGGCCAAUUUGUUAACCAAUUCUUUUUGCUAGCAAGUGCGAUGUUCCAUAAUGCACUAUAAGUGUUUUGCAACUCCUGAGUACAAUCAAUGUAUUCACCAACUCCUGGACCAUGUCAUUGUUGUUGUUAUAUCAUAUUGCUUUCUUUACUGUUUUUGGCAUAUUGAAUCUUAAAAUAUCUUAAAUUGUAUCAUUUAGUUAUUUGCAAUUCUGGUGAACAUUUAGAUAAUCACAUUUGAAAGGAGAGCAUUGCUCAUGUGUAGGAAAUUUCUGUUACUGCUCAAAAAUCUUUAGUACAAACUGUUAGUAAUAAAAAUUUCCUGUGCAAUAGCAAGGUCAUUGCACAACUUUUCUGAAAAAAAAUUGUGAUAUUUGUAAGUUAAAGUCCAAUGCCUUUGGGCAACACACUGCCAUGUAGAAUAAAUGUUAUGUUAUUCA